AUGGCAAGCUCAUCAAACGCUCCUCCUCCUUUUGCUUCAGCACCAAUACAAGACCUUGACUACUUGUACGCAUCAAUUGCCAACAUUUCGAACUUUGUUUCUGUGAAACUUUCCAGUGACGGCAACUACCAUCUAUGGAAGACACAAAUGCUUUGUCUCAUGAAUAGUCACAAUAUGGUUGGCCUCGUGGAUCACACAAUUGUCGGUCCAAGAAUUCAAAGCAAUUUGAUUCUGGGCCAAUAUAAUAGUCUUCUCAAAGGUUGGAUCUUUGCUUCGGUUAACGAAAAUGUACUUGACGCUGUGGUUGAUCUCAAAUCCGCCAAAGAAGUUUGGGACAAAUUGAAAUCCUUCUAUGAUUCAACUACGGGUCCUCAUCAAGGUAUCUACUUAAAUAAAUUUAAAUAA